ACUACACAUCACAGGACGGAAUCAGUUGUCAGUUAGCCAAGUCUCAAGUACCAGGGUGUGACAUAUUACCAGACCACACAUCACCGGAUGGAAUCAGUUGUCAGGUAGCCAAGCCUCAAAUACCAAGGUGUGACAUAUUACCAGACUGCACAUCACAAGACGGAAUCAGUUGUCAGUUAGCCAAGUCUCAAGUACCAGGGUGUGACAUACUACCAGACCACACUUCACGAGAUGGAAUCAGUUGUCAGUUAGCCAAGUCUCAAGUACUUGGGUCUGACACAAUACCAGACCGCACAUCACCGGAUGGAAUCAGUUGUCAGUUAGUCAAGUCUCAUGUACCAGGGUGUGACAUAUUACCAGACCGCACAUUAACGGAUGAAAUCAGUUGUCAGGUAGCCAAGCCUCAAAUACCAAGGUGUGACAUAUUACCAGACUGCACAUCACAGGACGGAAUCAGUUGUCAGUUAGCCAAGUCUCAAGUACCAGGGUGUGACAUAUUACCAGACCACACAUCACCGGAUGGAAUCAGUUGUCAGGUAGCCAAGCCUCAAAUACCAAGGUGUGACAUAUUACCAGACUGCACAUCACAAGACGGAAUCAGUUGUCAGUUAGCCAAGUCUCAAGUACCAGGGUGUGACAUAAUACCAGACCACACUUCACGAGAUGGAAUCAGUUGUCAGUUAGCCAAGUCUCAUGUACCAGGGUGUGACAUAUUAUCAGACCACACAUCACCAGAUGGAAUCAGUUGUCAGUUAGCCAAGUCUCAAAUACUAGGGUGUGACAUAUUACCAGACUGCACAUCACCGGAUGGAAUCAGUUGUCAGUUAAGCAAGCCUCAAGUACCAGGGUGUGACAUAUUACCAAACCACACAUCACCGGAUGGAAUCAGUUGUCAGGUAGCCAAGUCUCAGGUAUUUGGGUCUGACACAAUACCAGACCGCACAUCACCAGAUGGAAUCAGUUGUCAGUUAGCCAAGUCUUAUGUACCAGGGUGUGACAUAUUAUCAGACCACACAUCACCAGAUGGAAUCAGUUGUCAGUUAGCCAAGUCUCAAGUACUAGGGUGUGACAUAUUACCAGACUGCACAUCACCGGAUGGAAUCAGUUGUCAGUUAAGCAAGCCUCAAGUACCAGGGUGUGACAUAUUACCAAACCACACAUCACCGGAUGGAAUCAGUUGUCAGGUAGCCAAGUCUCAGGUAUUUGGGUCUGACACAAUACCAGACCGCACAUCACCGGAUGGAAUCAGUUGUCAGUUAGCCAAGUCUCAAGUACCAGGGUGUGACAUAUUACCAGACCACACAUCACCAGAUGGAAUCAGUUGUCAGUUAGCCAAGUCUCAUGCACCAGGGUGUGACAUAUUAUCAGACCACACAUCACCGGAUGGAAUCAGUU